AUGGUUCCAGAGAAAGUGGAAACAGCCUGCAGCACUGCUAAUUCUUGCACUUCAGUUCGACUACCAGACACCCUCCAUCUUUUCUGGCGAAGCAUGCGUCAUUGGAAGGGUAUAAAAGGAAUAGCUGGGGACGUAAAGUCCGUCAAACCUUUGGGAUCUGGCGAUCUCCUAAUCGAAGUUUUUCACAAACAACAGGCGAUUAACCUACUGGGUACCACCAGUUUUGGAUCUAUCAGUGUUAUAGUGAAAGCACAUCCAUCACUAAACAGCAGCAAGGGGGUAAUCAGAUGCCUUGCCCUGCGUAAUGACGCUGAUGCCGCCAUACUGGAGUACUUCCAUGAGGAGGAGAUCCCAGUCUCUGAGGUGCGACGGAUUUUGUCCAAGAAGAACAACAAGUUGGUUCCAACAGACACAUUUGUACUGACCUUUGCUACCCCAUCAUUACCUUCGGCCGUAGUGAUUGGUUACCAAAGGUGCAAUGUCUCCGUCUACAUCCCUAAUCCAUUAAGAUGCCGUAACUGCCAGAAGUACGGACAUCAUGAAAAAAGAUGUAGGCGGAAGACCGUUUGCCAGUACUGUGGUCGUGAAGGUUAUGAGGACCAAAGCGACUGUGAUAUUGCCAACCUGCGUUGUGUUAAUUGUGAGGGAAAGCAUGCUGCUUCGUCUCAAGACUGUCCUGCCUGGAAUCACGAGAGAGAGAUAUUGCAGGUCAAAUUUACCCGAAAUGUCUCCUUCCCCGAGGCUAGGAGGAUAGUGGAGAGCACGGACGUGGCUGCUCCCUCAUAUGCACAAGUGACGAAAGUCCGGUCGCCGGUUGACAGUGUCGCAGUCAAGGAUGCUUCAGUUCAAGUAUCUGCAGACAUACCUGCCUGGGGCUCACAAGUCCCAGACAUGUCUGGCCAAGAUAACUUGAAAAUCCUCACGGGAGACCCAUCUCGUUUCACGUCUAUACGAAAACCAACCAAAAACAACAAACAGUCAAAAGCAGCAUCACCAUCAAAACCAGCUUCUUCAUCAAAACCGCGAUCUCGCUCACUCACAUCUGUUCCUCGAUCCCAACUGAGACCAGAGGCAACAUCACCUACCAACAGACCUAGGAAAAAAAUUAGAAUAGCGAGGGGCAAAUCUGAAGGACCGGAUCUGAAUGUCACCUUUGGCAAAGGAUCAGAGGACCCGACAAACCGGUUCAAUGUCCUACUAGAUUUCGAUGAUGAGAUGGAGACGAAUGCCUCAGCGCUUCGUGCUUCGACUCCAUCGAAAUCCAGCCAAAAUAGCAAAAGAUAA